AUGCGAACAAGUAGUAUUCUUUUGUGUCUUGUCUUCAGUAUAUUCGCUAUAAUUUCCGUAGUUAAUGGAAUAUCAUGUGAAAAUCCGAGUCAAUAUGCAGGUCGAUCUCUUUGUGAUCCGUUUGGCGGUUAUUGUGGUGAAUGUGUAAGCUUGGUGAAAGUUUGUACGGGUGAUCGUCGAACAAUUCACCAAUGGAGACCUGGCACAAGAGUUCGCGGAGCUAAUAUUGCAUCAGGUACGGCUAUUGCUACAUUUCCCAAUGGCAAAUAUAGGGGUCAUGCGGCUAUAUACAUCAGUCAAGACAAAAAUGGCAUCCAAGUUUGGGAUCAAUGGAAAGGUCAUCCUGUCUCACGACGAACCAUUCGUUGGAAUGGUAGUGGCCUAUCCAACAAUGGCGAUAGUUUCUAUGUCAUCAAUUGA